CCUAGCUACACAUACUUCAGCGAAGAAUGAUGCGCGAAGGCUUGCCAUGUCGAUGCACCUCUGGAACAACUCUCCCACAGCCAUGUCGGUAGUUGCGAGGUUCUUUGGAGUCCGAAGAUCUCUUCCUCCCCUCCGCUUGAGAAAAUCAACCACCUUCCAAGGCUGGAUUUAGCCUAAACACCUCGCGCCUCUACCCCAAAGGCGAGUGUGGUCCUAGAGUUGCCAGACAAGAUAUGCUGGAUAUGCUGGACAACCAGGGCACACAUGAAGUGUCGAGAUCUAGACAUUCAAAUAUAAGAGACGAAGAAAUGGAUAACACAGACUCCGCCAGCCACGUUGGAUGACCAUCAACCUCCGUGGCCCAGGUAGGUAACCAGUAAGUUCGAACACUGCCUCUCACCACACAACACGAUGGCUUUCCUCUGGUCCAAACUGCUCCUUCUCUCCUCCUGUCUCGCAAUCUGCUGUGGCGCACUCAGACCAGGAACUGAUGUGACCACUACGCCCGGAAUACCGAAUGGCCACUGGAUCGAUACAUGGGCGGCGAUGCCUCAAUUGACAGAGACAUCGAACCUUCCUCCGCCUCCAUAUAACGAAACGUCCGUCAUCUUCUACAACAGCACGAUCCGACAAACGGUGCACAUAUCCACUGGCGCCUCACAGAUUCGGAUCCGCAUCUCCAAUGCCUUUGGACUGACCGAUUUACCUAUCAGUGCUGUGACGGUGGCUCUGCCCUUCAACGGAUCAGCAGGCGUCAGUGCCGUCCAGUCGUCCACGGUUCAGACCGUGACGUUCAGCGGCGGCGACGAAUCAAUCAUCAUCCCCAACGGCGCGCUCGCAGCCUCGGAUCCUCUGAACUUUGCCGUCAAACCCCAAUCCAUGCUCACUGUGACAAUGUACCUUGCCACAGGACAGGAGGGAACCGCGAUCACCAGCCACCCAGGUAGUCGUACGACGUCUUGGAUGACUGAAGGGAACCAGGUCGGUACGACGAACUUGACUGGGCCGGUAUUGAACAGUACCGCACAUUGGUAUUUUCUCUCUGCCGUAGAAGCAUGGUCGCCGCCUGAAUACCGCACAUUUGCCAUUCUAGGCGACAGCAUCACGGAUGGUCGAGGCAGCGACACCGACAAGAACAAUCGAUGGCCCGACCUACUCCUAUCCCGACUCCAAUCUACCUCCGACCCAACCCUGACAUCUCUGGCCAUCACCAACCUCGCCGCUGGAGGCAACCGCAUCCUCUACGACGGACUAGGACCGAACGUUCUAUCCCGCAUCGACCGAGACAUUCUAUCGCACUCGGGUGUACGAUACGCCAUGAUCUUCGAGGGAGUCAACGACAUCGGGGUCGCCGACGCCACCAUCGCCAACCAAACACUCACCUACACGCGUCUGCUGUCCGCGUUCAAACAGAUCGCAACGAGGAUUCAUGCUUUCGGUAUUCCCGUGUUCGCAGCAACCAUUACUCCCUUUUCCGCUCCCAACGGUAAUACCACGCUGCAGCCGUACACGAGCGACCUGCGUGAGCAGACGCGGCAGAAAGUCAAUGAUUUCAUUCGCCAUUCGGGCACGUUUGAUGCUGUUUUGGAUUUCGAUGCCGUGCUGCGCAAUAAUACUGUGCCUAGCCAGUUGGCGGAUGGGUAUCAGUCAGGCGAUUAUUUGCAUCCUAAUGUUAAGGGGUAUGAAUUGCUCGCGGAGAGCUUUGAUUUGGGUCUGUUUGCUCGCUUUGCGGGUGGGGUGAGUGGAUUUGUUUGAGGAAGAGGUGGAGAUAGGAGCAGGAGCAGCACGAAGCCUGGUCAGCGGUCACCUCAGUUGUGCCAUCCGAAUUUGUACUUUUGGUUAACGGGACGACGCUGGCAGCAGGUCGUCCUAGUACCACGACUGAACGGAGGAGCAAUACCAACUAUCACUAUUAACGAGGCCGUGGUUGGAAAGGGGUCCAAGGCUUCGAACAAGCACGUACAGUACCUGUCAACGUGGUAUUGGUAUACGAUGUUGCGAUCUAGCCGAGGUACCUAAAAACGAAUGCAACGCUAUAAAAGCAAAUGAUGACAUUGAUUGAUGAUGAUGCCAAAGACCAGACAUAUCUACAUGUACCUUUAGGCAGGUAAGCGAUAUCCAAAACAAACUCUUGUCACUCCCGAUAUGUAACUACUCUCCUCACCCUUACCAUUAUGGUUCCCAACCCCCUUCCUUACCUACCGUGCCGUCCAACUCUUACCAUGUGCGCACUUUAACCUUCCUCUCAUCUCUGCCCACCAGUCGUUCGACUCGGCGCACUCGUCGCAUCAGGAUCUCCUCCAUUUCUAUACUUCCACAGCCGACUAAGCUCCUUGACCUGGACCUGCUGCACGAUACCAUUCUGCUGCUGCAACACUCCUGAUCCUCCUCCUCCUCGUCCACUUCCACUUCCAUGUCCAUGUCCAUGUCCAUGUCCAUGAUUACUACUGGAACCUCGUUCGCUUCGCUGCGUAGUAUUACUGUCAACUUGCACCGUAUUCCACUCAUCAAACACCUCCAAAUCCACCAGCGAAUCCAUGAACGCAUUCCCAUCCUUGACUCGCCCUUUGGAAAAGUCUGACAUGUCGAUGCCCUCCAUCUCAAACAUGUUGUCCAUGUAGUGCUGGUUGAAUUGGUGUCCAGAGCCGUGGCGCUUGAAGAGGCGGCCGACGAAGCGGUUGAGGUCUUCUUUGUCGCGUAGGGUCUGGCGGCGGUGGAGGCUGAGGCUGUGGUCGGGACUGACAAUGUGAUGGUGAUGCUCGAUUGGUGUUGACGGAGAUACAACCGCCGCAGCCGAUCUGAUGGUAGGCGUUGGAUCGAAUACGUGCCUACUAGCUCCGGGUGCGGGUGUGUGCUGGUAACCUUCACCACUGUUCUUGACGCCCGAUCCAAGUCUGACUUGUCCUUGUCCUCCGACAUCACUAGACACAGCUGCUGCUGCAGUAGUAAAUUGUGGCGAAGACGCCGAUGCAGAUGCACCGUCCGACACCGAGCCGAUAUUGUCCACCAAGGUGUCUGCGUUGGUCAACAAUCUCCUCGUUCGUGCGACGGCCCGCGAUGGCAGGCUUCCCAGACUCUUGGCUCUUGCCAUGUCAGGGCGGAAAUGCAGAAUGCCAAAGCGUGACACAUAAUCACCCGUGUUGGCGUAAUGCUCGAUAUACUUAAUCACACGGCCGUUUUGGUCUCGGUCGCCGCCGCCGGCGCCAGCCUCAACCAGACGAGAAGAAGAAGAGGGGCGACAACUUGUGCUGCUGUUGCUGUUGUUGUUGAUUACUCCAUCAACGACAGUGUUGGUCGGCUCUGGUGGCGACACUUUCGAUAUCACGGGUGCGUUCCAGUGGUUGGCGGCAUUGCCAAAUGUGUACACCUCCAGCUUGCGGACCUGUUCGGCCGCCACGGUCGCAUACAGCCAGUCGAGAACCAUGCCGCCUUCAAUGGCGCCCUGGCUGUGCACGAUCAAGACGAUCUUGUGUACGGUGGGGUCGGAAAUGAUGGCCAGAAGCUGGUCGUAUGCUUGUCGGAUGUCGAGGGUCGGAUAGGCCAGGUCGCGUUGGAUGAUGCAUUCGAGAACGUCAAAGAUGAUUCCACGGCUGGAUAUUGUAUAACCUUGGUCAGAGUCGUGCUUGUUGGAGGAAAGGAGAUGAAGCGUAACAAAGAGAUUUUGGGUACCACUUACGUCUGGUUAUGGAUACCAAGCACCGGCCGACGAAACGUCAUGGCGAGUCGGUUGAGGUUGGACUGGAGCCAGUGCUCGCUGCGGGACGAGUUAAAUGUCAGAUAUUGUAUAUAUAUCGGCACCUGAAGUCGUGACGUUCGCAGAUACUGGUUGUGGCGGAUGGAAAAGUGUGGCUGGCCUGCACAACAAUAACCAGCAUGUGUUGUACUUACCCAACAGCGACUCCGUUGAUAAACACCCACCGCUCGUGUGGGUAGACCCGUUUCCCCUGGACGCAUCGCGGGUCUGACAUGAACCCGGAUCGUCGACGGCCAUUCAGAAGGACAGUAAACCAUUGGUUCCCCAACACAAACGCCACAAUGUACAACAAGUAAAGUGACGGCAGCAAGAUGUAGGCCAGGGGGAACAGCGAGAUGAGAAACAAGGUCUGGGCGACGACGAGAAUCAAAUGGAUGAAAUCAGACCACGCAUUGGGCACGGUCAAAG